AUGAAAAAACUACUCCCCACCAAAGAUACCCAGGUGAUACAAGGCACACGAAGGGAUACUUCAGACCUAAAACCUCACUGUCAACCUCUGAGUUUUGUGGAUUUUCCACCUCCAUGGGCGAGGGAGAAAAAAGUGAGCAGCAAGCCUGAUGGGAUUUGAAAAUAUGUGUGGCUGGCAUGCCUCAUGGAUCUGUUCAUCACUGGCAUCCUCUCUCUGGACUGUAACUAACUGAAUGUUCGCCUGAGGAGAGUCACCUGGCAGAAUCUGAGACUUCUGAGGAGGAUGAGCAAUUCAUUUCCUAUGUGUCUACAAGAAAACAAAGCUUUCGAGUUGCCCCAAGAGAUCCUCUCACACAGCCAGCCUCUGAAGAGGAACAUCAAGGAGGCCUUCUAUGAAAUGUCCAGACAAGCCUUCCACAUCUUCACUCAAGACACGUUCAAACCCACUUGGGAAGAGAUACACCUGAGCCUAGUCCAGGUCGGACUUGGUCACCAGCUGCGGUACCUGGAGCAGUGCUUGGAAGAAGAGGAGGACGGAAAUGAAGAGAGAGGGAGACACAGGAGAGAGGGAAGCGCCUCUCUCAGACGGAGAGGAGACCCCCCAGGAGCGCCGGCCCUCCAGCCGGGCGACCUAGAACUGAGGAGACAUUUCAACAGGACAGACAGGCUCCUCAAAGAUAGGAAACGCAGUCCCUGUGCCUGGGAGAUUGUCCAGAUGGAAAUCAGAAGGUGCUUCUACUUCUUUCAGAAACUCACAGCACUACUCAGGAGGAGAGAAGGUAUUCUAAGAAUUAAAACUCUGUUUCUCUCCAAAAUCGCCUUUUCCUUCUCUUCCUCCUUCAUCUUCUUUUUAAGGCUUGUUGUGCAGCCCCGUGGCUCCCCUCGGCUGGAUUAUUGGUGGUUUGGGUAAUGGUCAUUUUUUUUCUGAAGUUUGGCCUUGCAGCAUCAGCCACAUUCACCUCUCCAAACAAGGUGAUGCCUACCACCCCCUGGGUGGUCAAGAGUCUUGUUAGGAAGUCCUGAAGACAGUUUUAGAGGAGGACUCGCCCUCCCAUCUUCUUUUCUCUGUUCUUCUUUCCUUUUGCUCUUGCUUUGCUCUGCUGCUUUUGAACUCCCUCAAACCCAUGGCCAGAGGACACGGCCCAGAGAAUCCUGCAAAACCUAACACCUCACUGACUUAACUCUUCUGCCAAGAUUGUUUAUUCUAGGAAAGUUCAGCAUGUUAAAAGAGCCUGUACAAGGUCCCAUAGACUU